AUGGAGGUUUGGAAAAACGAAUUUCAAACAUUUGUACAGAAUAUUUCAAUCAGAAGCGUUCCUAUGAUAUUCAAAGCAAGAGAGACAGCCAUGAAAAUGAUUUGGGUGAGUGCUGCGUUCGUCAGCGUCGCAAUACUAUUUUGGCAACUAACGCUUUUGUUCACGGCCUACACAUCAUUCUCAGUGUCAACAGUGUACGGGGAGAGCGAUGAUCCUGUCGUCUUUCCUGCCAUUUCACUUUGCAACCUGCAACCAAGCCUGGGCGAAUUCGAUUAUGAGCAGUACAUCAACAACAAACAUUUCAUAAACUUGGCUCACACUGAGAAAGAUUCAAACAGUGCAAACAGUUGCUACAACAAUUCGGAAAAAUUAUUCAACGAUCUCAAAAGCUGCGAUUUGGAAAUCGCAAUAACGUGGCAUCCGAAAUAUUAUAGAUGCAACACUUUAAAAUUUCCUGAUAAUUGUUCCGCAAAUAAAUUAUUUUUCUUGGUUUAUCUGAAUUAUUUUGAUGAAGACAUGUACGACUUUGAUUUUUUCGAAGGCAAAUUACAAAUCGAUGGUGUGAGAAUUUCUAUCAACCAUCCAAAUUCUUACCCAAACAUGAUGUACGGUUUCAACAUUGGCUCCGGCACCGAUACAUUGAUCAAACUAACUCUGACCAAACGUGCGAGAGAAAAGGCCCCCUACAACAAGUUAGAUUGCUAUUCAAAUAAAGAUGAAAAUUUGAAUGCUUUUGAUUAUAAAUCGUGCAUUGAUCAGUGUACUCAGAAGAGAAUAAUUGCUACCUGCAAGUGCUUCAGUAGCAAUCUGAUGCCGCCCAUUGACUGGUACGAACAUUCAGCAUGUGGAAACACUUCUGAAAUUAAAUGGAAGAAAACCGACAAAACAUCAUUUGUCAGUUUUUCUGAAUCAGUGGCUAGAUUGUGCUGCGAAAAGCGCGUUAUGAAAGACCCAAGUGCUGUGUCAUGUUGGUCUAAAUGCCUCGAACCUUGUGAGGAAUAUGUGACUGAAACUCUGGUCAACAGCAAUAAAAAUUAUCCACAUUAUUUACUCCAGCUUAAUUUUUACAACGAUGUUAUCAAGCCGCUUGAAAAUUACAAAUACGUACAGAAACUAUUUUCGGUUCACCGUGAAAAAAUUCAAAGUUAUCUGUCUGGAGAGAUGAAAGAUGACGAGAUGCUAUCCUUCUUUCAAAAAAACACAACAUUGCAGAAUUUCUUCCUUCGGAUCACCGUUGAAUUUGGAAAAUUGAAACAGUUCAAAAUGUUGGAUCAGCCUGCAUAUUCAUGGGAAUCAAUGGUUAGUAAGGUGGGUGGUUGUCUUAGCUUGUGGAUGGGUGUCAGCAUAAUGACCAUGGCCGAAGUUCUCGAGUUUUUAAUUAAUUUGAUCUGUGCAAACCGACAACUUAACUGGUUAACAUAUUUUGCCUCGGAGUCGUGUUCAAAAUGUAAAAAAUGGAAACGUGAAAUGAGAUUGUUAGAAAUUUGUUUAGAAAUCAUGGCAUGCAUAGCGGCGUUCCGAUUGAGGCAAGAAUCUACCAGUCAUGUAUAA